AUGGCAAGUGCUGAUCUGAGAGAGGAGCUAACCUGUUCCAUCUGCCUUAGUAUUUUUACUGAUCCAGUAACUCUCAUCUGUGGACAUGAUUUCUGCCUGGGUUGCAUUAAAAAGACAUUGGAUAACCAGACAAAGGGAGAAUAUUCCUGCCCUGAAUGUCGGAAAGAAUUCAAGAAAAUACCUGAACUUAAAAGAAACUUUAGGUUGAGUAAUAUAGUGGCGUGCUUCCAUAGUACACAAAGGGAGUCUGGUAUUUCCUGCACUUAUUGUGUUAACUCCUCUGUACCUGCUGCUAAGUCAUGUCUGCAUUGCGAGGCUUCGCUGUGUGAUAAGCACGUCACAUUGCACAGCAAAUCAGAGGAACAUGUUAUGUCUGAACCUACAAAUUCCUGGAGUAACAGAAAAUGCUCUGUCCAUAAGGAGCCACUACGGUAUUACUGCUCUAAAGAUGAAGUGUGCAUCUGCGUAUCCUGCUUCUUGAUUGGAAAACACAAGGGGCACCAGAUGGAGCUGCUGUUUGAGGCUUGUAAAAAGAAAAAAAAGAAACUGAUAAAUGUUCUAGAUAUAGUGGAGUCCAAGCACAAGGACACUGAAAAGAGAGUUUGUGAUCUGCAGAAGCACAGCAAAGAGUUGUGCGAGAGAUCAGCUGGUGAAACAAAGCAGGUCAUUGCCCUGUUAAGGGAAGAGUUUGAAGUCUUAGAAAAGCAAAUCCUGAGCGAGAUCUCCAGGAAGGAGCAACAAGUUUCAUGCCAUAUCUCUGGUCAGAUUAAGCAGUUUGAAAUGGAGAAGGAUAUUCUGAACAAGAAGAUGUGUUACAUCAAGGAACUGUGCAACACGACUGAUCCACUAACUGUCUUGCAAGAACUGGAAUCACCCAAUGUUGACUUGGGCGAGUUUGAAAAAGCAGAUAGUGAGGAUACACAGAGAGACGAUAAAAAGGCACAUGCAGAAAAUGGCUUAGAUGAGAACCUGAUCUAUAUAACUUUAUACCGACGCUUAGCUGAUUUUGUAACUGAUGUAGUAGUGAAGAAGUGGCUUCAUUUGCAGGAGUCUUUGGACAUAUCGCUGGAUGUAAACACAGCUGCCAAUAACGUAGCUUUAUCAGGUGACUUGAAAACCGCCUCCUGGUCAGAGAUAAAGCAGCAACGACCAGAAAAAAAAGAGAGAUUUCUGAGUCAUCAGGUUUUAAGCACCAGGAACUUUUCUUCAGGACGACAUUACUGGGAGGUGCAGGCCAGUGGUUCAGGGGAAUGGAGUGUAGGGUUGUGCUACCCUAGUAUAGCAAGACAAGGAGAUCCUUCUAUCAUGGGACGAAAUAAAAAGUCCUGGUGUUUACAGUGGAAUAACCGUAAGCACUGGAGCUUUGCGUUAGUUUUUGGAUAUAAUGAAGGUUUCUCAGUUGUUAAGGAUUCACUAGAAAUCCCUAUUCAUAACACGUCUUCCUGCCAGAGAUUAGGAAUAUUGCUGGACUAUGAGGCUGGGCGUCUGUCUUUUUAUGCACUGAGUGACCCUAUCCAGCACCUAUACACCUUUACUGUCACCUUUAAGGAGUCUCUCUAUAUGGCAUUCAGAGUAGAUCGUGGUGCUUGGGUCAGAAUCAGGAGCUAG